GUGUAGGAAAUGAAUCAACGAGUUGACAGCGGCGAGCAACGACGUUCAUCGAAGUUUUGCGGAUAAAAAGCGAUUUAAAAUUGAUAACUUGUCAAAUAAAAUUGAUUUAAUAUAAUUAUUUGACUUGUGGGAUUCAUUUGGCUAGAAGUAUAUACUUGAAUUUUGAGGUUUUCGUUUUUUUUUAACUGUGGACGCUAAUUUAAAGCGGUUGAUUUACGAGAAGAAAGAAGAAUAGAGCAAAGCGGCGACGGCUACUGCGACAGUCUAGAAAAAAGGGGGAAAAGAGGAAGAAAAGCGAUAGCAGCGAAGCAGUCGGUUAACGACAGCGACAUUAGUGCCGGAGCAGAAGCAGAAGUAAAACGUUUGUCAAAGAGAAAAAAUUCGUAGUAGAGAAAAGUAAAAAUUGAAUUUCGGAAACGCAGGCGACGACGAAAAAAGUGUAGAACGCUGAAAAUUUUUGUUUUAAUACAACGCCGACGCUAAAUUAAAUAUUUCAAUAGAAACUUUCUAAAAGUUUAAUAUCUGAGAAUUUUAUUAACGCAAUUAAACAGAAUGUCGGAACGUGAAAAUAAUGUGUACAAGGCCAAAUUGGCUGAACAAGCUGAACGUUAUGAUGAAAUGGUUGAAGCUAUGAAAAAAGUUGCUUCUCUCGAUGUUGAAUUAACUGUUGAAGAGCGAAAUCUACUUUCAGUCGCUUAUAAGAAUGUAAUUGGCGCUCGACGUGCUUCGUGGCGUAUAAUUACCUCAAUUGAGCAAAAAGAGGAAAAUAAAGGCGCCGAGGAGAAGCUUGAAAUGAUCAAAACCUACCGUGGUCAGGUGGAGAAAGAGUUACGCGAUAUUUGUUCCGAUAUUUUGAAUGUGCUAGAAAAUCAUCUCAUUAAAUGCGCCACCACAGGUGAAAGCAAAGUAUUCUAUUAUAAGAUGAAGGGUGAUUAUCAUCGCUAUUUGGCUGAAUUUGCUACUGGAUCGGAUCGUAAGGAUGCGGCAGAAAAUUCACUUAUUGCUUACAAGGCUGCCAGCGAUAUUGCAAUGAAUGAUCUUCCGCCAACACAUCCCAUUCGUUUGGGUUUGGCGUUAAACUUUUCGGUAUUCUAUUAUGAAAUUCUUAAUUCGCCCGAUCGCGCUUGUAGAUUAGCGAAAGCAGCAUUCGACGAUGCCAUUGCCGAGCUAGAUACCUUAAGCGAAGAGAGCUACAAAGAUUCCACACUUAUCAUGCAAUUACUGAGGGAUAAUCUUACAUUAUGGACGUCUGAUAUGCAGGCUGAUGGUGAUGGCGAACAAAAACCGGAAAUUCAAGAUGUUGAAGAUCAGGAUGUGUCGUAAUUUAAGUAACCCCACCUUACUUAAUUAUAAAACCCCUUCUAUAUACCUUUUCCUACUGUAAUACAGCAGCAGCAACCACACACACAAACACAUUAAAACGAGAAACAUUAUAAUACACUACAACAACAAUGGUAUACAUUAUAUACAUCUCAAUUGCAUAAAAAAAUUAAUAAAUCUUUUUCAGAAAAAAACACUUGAAACUAAAAUAUAACUCAAACAAAUUCCUCCUGCCCCGCUCCCAUUCAAUGUGUGAAAAUUUUUGCAUUAAACAUAAUUAUUAAAAUCAGAAUUAUUAUUAAAACAACAAAAUAAUGAUUAUUAAUAAUUACGGUAAUGAUAAAUACAUCAGUAUAAAAAUAAAUAUAAUAAAAAUCAACACUAA